UCCCGCCGACACCCCCACCCACAAUCUCCCAAACCCAAACCCACUGAUGAUUUCCCCUCUCCUCCUCUGGGCAUCCAUCGCAAGAGCAGCUCUCGUCGCUGCAAUGCUAUUCAACGCCUGGGUGUGCUGUAUCGUCUUUGCCCUGCUGGGCAUCGGCAUGCUGGCGCCAUAUAACACCCACAUCAUGGCCUUUGGAUGGCAUCGACAGCGGCUCAAGCACUCUGCGUUUGCGGAUGUCGUCCACCUUUUUCCCUCGUCCGCCGGAUCGUCGCAGCGCUGGCCCUCAAUGCUACCAUCUUUGCCCUGUGCGCCCUGCUCUCAAGCACACCGCCGUCUCUCGUCCCGCCUGCUCCCUACUUUGCCGUCCUCAUAACCCUCGUCGUCGCCACCGGUCUGUCCUGUGGAAUUCUUGAAAACGGUGUGCUCCAGCUCGUUUCGUGCUUCCCGGCCGUCUAUAUCCAAGCCGUCGUCAACGGCGAAAACCUGGCCGGUGUUCUUGUCAGCAUCGCCGAACUUGCUUCACUUCUGUAUCCCGGCAACGAUGCUGCCGCCUCCUCGGCCAUUCUGUACUUUUCAAUCACAACGGGGCUGUCGCUCUUGUGCAUAGCUGCCACGCUGCAUCUGUCGCAGCAGCAGCUCUUCAAGCGAUACUAUCGGCUUCCAUCGCCUGCCGCCCCGGCCUCCUCGACUCUGCCCGUUGCCGGGUUACCCACCGACGGAUCGGCGGGCGUCGUGUCCUUGCAGCGCACCACAGGAUAUGGCUCCCUCACCAACUCUGGUUCACCGUCUCAGCCGACCGGCCCUUCCACCAAUCUUCCAAUUAUCGAGGAACAGGACUCAUUCGAAAGCGGUCCAUUCGGAAACGAGCAACAGGCUCGCCAGCGGAGAAACAGUCUAUUGAGCGCUUCCCCGGCAGGGUCCCUCGGGACUGCGGCGGUGUCGAUGAUUCUGGCUACCUCGCCGAAGCGAUCGUCAAGUAGUCAAUUUGCUGCUGCCUCGCCCGAAUGCGAUGUUGGCUCGAUACAAUCUCCGUCGAGACCAGACACGUCGAUGAGCCGGCAUUCCGACUCGGAUGGCGACGCCCUAUCUGAUCGUCGGCAGAAUUCGGCAUCACCCGGCGUAUUCCGACGACCGGAACUCGACACUAUCGAGGAACAGCAGCCGUUGCUCUACCAGAUCUCACCCGUCUCACAUUGCAUGGAUGGAAACCAUCAAAACAGCACACACCCCAGUGCCGAUCUAGCGGCAGCAUCGCCGGACAAGGCUGCAGCGACUGUAUCUGCAGUGCUACCGAAACUCCUCGUGCCAGUCUCGACGAUUUUGUGUCUCUCGAUCCAAACGCUGUCGAUCUUUCCAGGCAUCAUGUCGUCGAUCGAAUCUUCCGCUGGAGACGGUCACCUCAGCGCAAUCUACUUUAUACCGGUGACCUUCCUGCUCUUCAACAUCGGGGCGUGGAUUGGCACAACUCUACCGUCACAGCCACUCCUGAUGCCGCCGCCACAGAGAUACGAUGGCUAUCUAUCCAUCUGGACGGCAGCUCGGUGGCUCUUCCUGCCGCUGUUUCUGGUGUGCAAUGUGGUUUUGCAUGAUGCAGAGGGCAACCCCAUUCCGUCCAUGUUCCCCAAGUUGAUCGGCCACGAUUGGAUCUAUGCUCUCCUGGUGUUUGGAUUUGCUGUGUCGCACGGCUAUCUUAUAUCGCUGGCUCUCAUGGGUGCGCCGGAGAAGGUCCGGGAGGACGAGGAAAAGCGAAUCGCCGGCGGGCUAAUGGCCGUCAUGUACUCGGCCGGCUGCUUUGCGGGAACCCUGGCUGGGUUUGGUCUCAGGUCCGUGCUCUGUGGAUGCAAUCCUUUCUGGGACCCGGCUCUGUCCUGAAUCACUUGUACAGGGUCGAGUGGCGAGCCAUGCAAAGUAUGUUGCAUGGGCGCAUGUGCAGAUACCUGGCAAACAGGCACAUUUCUGUAAUAGAUAUCAUUUUAUCGCA